AGAUGACAAGUAUUGUGGGACGGCCGCUGAGCUGACCAAUCAAAAUCCAGCAGUGUGCGAAGCAGGAAGUCCUCACACUGGGCAAACAGGAGACACAAAUCAAUAGUGAACAUAUCAUCUUAAUCUUGAUGCCGUUAUUAAGAGUUAAUCAGAUGGACAACAUGGUAACAGACAGGAGGGAUGAACCACAGACAGACUUUAUGUACUGCUGUGGAGCCAUCACGGAGGUUCUUAAAUUUGGCUCUUGUCAGCUACACUCCGGGCACAAGGUGCUUUUUCUCAUCAUUCCAGGUAACCCAGGUGUGGUGGGCUUCUACAGAACCUUCAUGCACACACUUCACAGUAUGUUUGGACACCGCCACCCAGUGUGGGCUGUAAGUCAUGCUGGCCACUGUGUCCCACCAGACUCCAUGGACAUGGUAGACGAAGCCGAGGACGAUGUGUUUGGUCUGAACGGGCAGAUUGAACACAAGCUGGCCUUCCUCAGGAAACAUGUUCCCAGAGAGACCAGCCUGGUCCUGGUGGGACACUCCAUCGGCUGCUACAUUAUUCUGGAGAUGAUGAAGAGAAAUCCUGAACUCAAGAUUAUAAAGGCCGUCAUGCUGUUUCCCACCAUUGAGCGCAUGGCUCAGACUCCUCAGGGGAAGGUCAUGACUCCUGUUCUGUGUCACAUGCGUUAUGUGGCCUACCUGCCUCUCUUCCUGCUCUCGCUCCUGCCUGAGGGACUGAAAGCCGGCCUUAUCAAACUGGUGUUUGGUGGCAUCCCCUCCCUGGACCACACUGUGGUCCAACCUACUGUAGGUCUUCUCAGUGGAGACUGUGCAGCCAAUGCUAUGUACAUGGGCGGUCAGGAAAUGAGAAAAGUUCUGGAAAGAGACAACAUAACGAUAAAGAAACAUCUUGAAAAGCUUAUAUUUUAUUAUGGAGCUACAGACCACUGGUGCCCUGUUCAGUAUUAUCAUGAAAUUAAGGAGGACUUCCCAUGUGGGGAUUUCAGACUGUGUGAAAACGGGUUCCGCCAUGCCUUUGUCCUGGAUGCAGGAACAGAAGUUGCCAAAAUGGUGGCCGAAUGGAUCAGUGGAGAACUGAGGACAUGAGUUCAUUCUUCUCUUGCCAUCUGUCUGACAUGAACGCUGACUUUUAGCGUUCAGACGAUAUCAUGGAAUUGAAUUGAGAAGAAAUAUCAAAUAUUAAUUAUUAUUAUUUAUUUUUAUUAAUUAAAUAUAAAUACAAUGUGUUUAUUGAUUAAAAUGGCAUUCUUUGCAUAAGCACAACAAAAACCCAAAUGUGACAUGAAAAAUGAUGAUAAUGUGGUUUUAUUCAUUUAUAAAACUGCUUUUGUUACAGAAAUGAUCCAAAAUCUAUUUAAAUGAAAACAUAUAUUUUAGUAAAACCCUGAACAGAGUGCUGUCUCCAAAGAUGAAAUAGAAAAACCCUCAAAGGCACUACUGUAGCACUUCUCAUGUUAGUACCUGACAAGUGGGAUUAUUUAAAUUCUAUUAUGUUGCCAUUUUGCACUGAUGCCAAUUUUUUCCUCACAUAUACAAUAAUGUGUACAUUUGGAUUUAAGUAUUCCCAUGUAUGAUGACUUGAACAGCAUACUGUAUAUAAUGGGGGAAAUACAUGCCUUAUUUUUCAUCUAUUGUAUUUUUCAUUGCCUGCCCUCUGAUGCGACUGUGCUGUCAAACAUCACAGCUGUCAUGAUGAUUUCCUAUUCUAUUCUUACUGUCAAUGUAGAAAGUCUGGACGAUGGAUGGUACUGUGAACCUGCUGCCCAGACCAUGGUGGUCCGAAUCUACCAUCAGACAUUAUGGAUCUCCUUGGUCUUGCUCUUCCUCCUCCUUUUACUCUCCACUCCACUCCUAUGUUGGCAACUGUUGCUCCAAAACAAAAGAGCUCACCUGUGGCCCUUUUACAGUUUUGCUAUGGCUCUGAUAGCCUAUUAAACAAAUGUGCAGCAUGUGUUUGCCCAUGUGAGGGGUCAGAGUGGACGGCAAUGAAUUUUAAGUUUAGCAUUGUGAAUGGCAAAUUUUUGAUUCAUUAAUAUUGUGCCAGAUGUAGAGAUUUGUGUGUAGUGGUUUGAACAAAGUGUGGUUUAGUGUUAAGCAGGACAUUAUGACAAGAGGUUUACAACCUCCUGUCAUCAUUUGUUCAGCAAAUCACAUUGUAUUAUAUAUAUUUACAUAUUUAUUGAGAUACUGUAAAUUGUGUGACCUAUGGGUAGCCUUCUUAAGUAAUCUUAAAUGUUUUCUCUGUAACACUCAUGAACAUGCCAGAGUUAAAGUUUUGAAAACAACAUUUUAGGUAGUCUCUAUUAACUGGAAAACUCUGCUACUCUGUCUCAUGCAUUGAGUCAGAUGGCAGCCUCUGCUCCCAAUGGUGGGGAAAAUGAUGAGAUGCACUGCCGAAAAUUACUUGGAUAUAAAGAUGAGGGCUAUAUUAAACAAACCUGGGUAGAACGCCAAUGCUGCAAAGAUACCUGUUCAAACAAGGGGAGAAGCAGAACGUCAUAUUACCCUAACUCUACCUAAAGAUUGGAUCCGAAUGAAAUGAUUGGCUGGGCUUAUGACAGACCUAUGCCACAGAUACCGGAUUUUUUUCUUUUUUGUGUCAGCAUUUGAUUUAUUGAGCCUACCUCAGCUUUAAAGGUAAUUCUGAAGAAAUCCAACACCAGGACAAAAACCAUGAUCUAGAGCGAACAACACAGCAAGUAAUGUAACUAACGUUAGCUAAUUUGUGGGUUAGCAAACUGCUAACAUCACAACAGCAGCAUGUCUUGGUGAACUAGAAAGUAAGCGGAAUAUCUUUGGGCGGAAAGAAAUAUGAGUCAGAGCUGGAGAGAGGAGUUUGUUGUGUUGUGGUAAUAUUAGGAAAUAAAAGUCUUGCUGGCAGUUCCUCUACGUACAGAAAAACUCUUCUCCCUUGUUUCUACCGGUGUUUCCUGAAACAAUUCGCCUCAUGAGAUUUCAGAGCGACAAUUGUCCUUGAGCAAGACUUCAGUUUCUUGUUAAAACAAAGGGUGUCCCCAGGAGUCACUUGUUGUCAGGCGCCUUGCCUGGUGGCAAACUUAGAAGCACUUUUUGUGGGCAUAAUUUUAACUUUUUUUGUGUAUGUGUUUUUUGUGUUUCUUCUAGCGAGUGUAUCUUACUCUUUAAAAUAAUGUUUAUCUCUGUAGGGAUCCUUUUUAUAAUGUUGCCAGAUGCAUUUAAUAUCAAUCUGAGCGUGUCAAUGGUAAAAACAAGCACUUUAGUGGACGUACUGUGACAGGAUACAAUUGCUGGUGAGGAUUUCGUUGCAGCCUGUUUGCCCAGUUUCGACUACAGCGUGCUAGAUUAAUAAUGGACCAAUUUUAAAAAUGUUGUCCCAGGUUUGUUGUAUCUAAAUCUGUUUCAUAUAAUAUUUUUGUCUAAGUGCAGUGAAUUUAUGGGUGUGUUUAGGUUUGUGUGUGGAUAUCGCCAUGCACAUACUUGGACUCAUCCUAAUUUUAUACAUGCCUUUGUCCCUUUUUUCUUUUGUUCUAUACACAAAUCACAAAUGCACUGAAAAUUGUUGUUUAUGAAAAAUGCUAAUAAAAAGUGUUCU